AGCAAACAUCACGAUCCUUUAUCUCCAAGAGCAGCCACAUACCCAUACAUACAAUCAACACAAUGGAAAUGCCACAAGCCAUGGGAUGAUAUAUCCAGUCACUGCCUCUGCAGAGGUGAAGAUUUGUAUUGUGGUGGAUAACAGCCUCCAAAUAUUGGGGUGAAAGGAAUACCCCCUGCCUUCUUUCACAGUUUCAUGUUGGCCCUGCAACAUAAUGGUGGGCAACUAGAGAUAACCAAGUGGUAUCCGACCAUGAAUACUUCUACUGUGACCCCGCUGACCCACAAUGGUACAACUGACCCAUACAUUGACCCCUUAGGGGGCCAUGCCAUCUGGGAAGUGGUCCUCAUUGUUGUCACUACUGGCAUCCUUUCUCUGGUCACUGUAAUUGGGAAUAUACUAGUUCUUCUGGCCUUCAAAGUAAACAGUGACUUGAAGACCGUUAACAACUACUUCUUGUUAAGUCUUGCUUGUGCUGACCUCAUUAUUGGUGCAAUAUCAAUGAAUCUUUAUACCACUUAUAUUGUGAUGAGGCGCUGGACACUUGGCAACAUAUCUUGUGAUUUAUGGCUGGCCCUGGAUUAUGUCGCCAGUAAUGCCUCUGUAAUGAACCUCCUCAUUAUCAGCUUUGACCGUUACUUUUCAAUAACACGACCUCUAACAUACAGGGCUAAGAGGACACCUAGAAGGGCUACCAUCAUGAUUGGCAUGGCGUGGUUUGUCUCUUUUAUACUGUGGGCUCCUGCAAUAUUGUGCUGGCAGUACAUAGUGGGUGAGAGGACAGUGGAACCAAAUCAUUGUUACAUACAGUUCCUUUCAGAACCUAUAAUCACCUUUGGCACAGCCAUUGCUGCCUUCUACUUACCAGUCACCAUUAUGAUCAUACUUUACUGGAGGAUUUACCGUGAAACAGAAAAUCGUAGCAGAGAAUUGGCAGGUCUCCAAGGGUCAGCAUCAGAAACAAUUGUGCGGCCCUUGGCUUUGAGUAGUGUCAGAAGUGGCAGUAGCAGUGGAGCAGGGGAAUCAGAAAAGUUGUCCAGAUCACAGGUGAUUGCACCAAGGGUUAAACGCACAUGCUGUUUUCCUCGGCGACUUGCUGCAAGUCCUUCUCUUAGAAGCUAUCCUGAACAUAGGAGCAAUGGGAGCUGCAAUACAAUGGAAGAUGCAGCUUCUGCAGACUCACUAUCAUCGUCUUCUGAUGGAGAGGAACGACCAUAUGAAAUGAAGAGCAUUUGCUCAGCAGUCAUUCGACUACCCAUGGUCAGCUCUGUUGUAGGGACACCCACUGGCUCACGUGGCUCUAAUGACACCCUUGGGAGAGGUGAUGUUUUGGUAGAACCCAAUGGAGAAAAGCAAGAGUUAUCCAGAAAAUCAUCCAAAGCCCAAGUAUCUGCUUUGCCAUCAACAGCAAUCAAAAGCAAAAUUGGGAAGACUCGACAUGGGAAGAGGAAAAGCAACUCACUCAUCAAAGAAAAGAAGGCAGCAAAGACAUUGAGUGCUAUUUUGCUUGCUUUUAUUUUGACUUGGACUCCAUACAAUAUAAUGGUGCUUGUGUCCACGUUCUGUAAGGAAUGCAUCCCAAAAAGAUUGUGGGACUUGGGUUACUGGCUGUGUUAUGUUAAUAGUACUGUUAACCCAAUGUGCUAUGCACUCUGCAACCGCUCUUUUAGGCGCACCUUUAAGAUGCUGCUACUCUGUCAAUGGGACAAGCGUAAGUGGAAGGCGCACAAACAUUCUGCACCAUUCUUCAGGACACCGUCACAAUGAUGGACACAGGUCAUCCAGGAGAAUACAUCCAAAGUUCUGCUUUGUCUGCAUGCAGAACAAAACCAGAGGCUAUUCCCAGCAUGUUCUGAGUGGGAGUACAAGGGAUCCCAGCUUCCUUUAAAACAAAAAUGGGUGGAAUGAGGAAGGAGUAUUAAAGAAAUCACUUCUACAGGGGACUCAAUCUGCUAUUAGAACAAUUCCGGGAAUAUGUCUUUUCUGUUUUAGUACAUUUUCUUCAGAUUAUUCAGAACUGAGUGAGGGAAUGGGAUAUUUAGGGGAAGGCCAGUCUUACUUUUCAAGCGAUGAUUUCCACUUUUUAAAAAGAUAGAUGGGUCCCUUUCUGUGUGCCAAACUAAACAAUGGCAGGCCAAAGAACAUGAUUACAAGUUUUUCUACUGUUUACAAAGUGAAAACGUGGAUGGAACAAUCUAUUUAUUCUGAUUUCAACUAAAUAAAAACUAUUGUAAAGAAACCCAAGAUUUU